AAAUCCAGAUUCAAUCGUAUCUAGAAUACCUUUCGUUGAGCUCUCCUUGCUUCAUUUUCUGUUUCAAUAUUUCAUUUCCAUGAAAGUGCCACAAAAUUCCAAAAGGCAAAAUGAUAACAGUGGAAGAAGAACGGAGGAAAGGAAUUCUGAUUCAUAACCAAAUUUGAGAGAUUGUAGACGCCUGCAUAUUUCUUCCAGAGGUGGACAAGCGUCUCAACUUCCAUUGAAUAAUUAAUGAAUGGCCAUUAAGCAUCAUCACCACCGUCUUAUUGAUUGUGACACGAUUUCCUUGCUUAAUUCUCCCCAAAGAAGUUAUUCUGCAUUUCGUUGCCUGUUUGGUAGGUCUGACUAUGCGAGAUUCUGUCAGAAGCUUGAGAUAUCACUUCCUCCAGAAAUUUGCUCAGCUUUCAACAUUUCCACCAAGUUUACGUUAAGAAAAAGAGUGCAGAACCCAAAAAGUGAAGAAAGUUGGACUAGUUGAACGCCGUUUGAAAAUUGUGAAUGAGCCUGAAACGCAGGAUUCGACGAGGGAAAGAUUUUUUACUCCCGAACCGGUUGCAUCCCGAAUCCAUGAAAUUUGAAUAACAAUUCAUUGAGAAAGGGAUCGGUGGUUGCUGGCGAGGCAACUGAUGAGUAGAACGAGACGCUGGACACCAUGGAGGUCAACGAUACGCAGCCGAAAUUCUUCAUACUUCUGAACGCGCUCGCCCCCACAACGGAGAAAAUGGACAGUGGGGAAAGUUUUGAAGAGAAUGGACCACUUCCUGCUGAGGAGACUCACUCCAUCCAACCACAGCCAACACCUGCUGACGAUAACCACGUGCAGUCUCCUUCAGCCAAAGGCAGGGCGUCAAAAGCUAAGAAAUUACCGCAAGUUGGCGAAAAAGGCGCAGAGUCUGGUCGUCGAGAGAUGGAGAAAAUCUUCCCCUGCAAAAUAUGCCUCUGUCCCUUCACCAACAGGACCAGUGCUCGCCGCCACGCUCACACCCACCUCAACUGCAGCGAGCUAGAGCAGAAAAAAAUUUUCCAUGUGACGUGUCCCCACUGCCAAAAAGUGUUCACCCAGCGUCGAUACUUUAUUGACCACGUCAAAGCGCUCGAAGGUCUGAAGGACUUCGGCUGCCCUGCGUGCAAAAUGACGUUCACCCACAAAGCAUCUUUGAAUCGUCAUCUCUUCGUCCAUUUGAGCCCAGAGGAGCAAGCAGAGGCAAAGCAGAGCUGGCGACAUGAAUGCCACUUCUGCAGCAAACGCUUCAGAUUUCCUUCUUUUCUCGCUCGUCAUCUUCUGAAGCACACUGAGGAAAAGGGAAAAGUUCGGAAGGACAUCGAGUGCCUCCACUGUAGGCAGUCAUUCACGAGUAAAUGGUAUCUUGGGAAACAUUUGAAGAAGGAUCAUCCCUCGGAACAAAGUCUGUCAAACAGCGUCCCAUCAAAUGACGACAUUGUGUCCAUAAUUUAUAUUUCCGUGAUUUCAUGAUUUAUGACAAGAUAAUUAUUCUCGUAAGACUUAUAAAAAUAGUAUAAUUGAAUUAUUAAGUUGUAAACAUGCCACAAUUUUUGUUCCCGUUUCGACCAUUAUGAUUGUUGCUUAGUAAAGUAAUUCUGUUUUGUACAAGUAAUCGUGCUGUGAAUACUUUUACAUAUAUGUUUAUUUAAGUUCGAAAAUUUAAAUUCGAGAAAAAUGAAAAUUUUCUUGCAUUCUAUUUUUAAUGGUGACAUUGGUGGGAGAAGUUAAUGUAUUUGUGCACCUUAUCCAAUUCUGAUUCAAUUAAUUUAAGUCUUUUAGUAAAAAGAAAGUAUUUCAUAGUUAAUUUCGUAUGUACCACAAAGUAAAAUAAAUGGCCAAAUUUGUUACAGUAUUCUGGAAUUUAAA